AGUCAUCUGUUUGCUCUCAUGCCUGUCUCAUCAAGCCAUCGGGAUGCUGAACAUCCCCUGAUCGCCCUAAUCGACCAGAUAACGCAAGACCCUACUAGAAAACACCAGCGUGUCGAAGCAAUCAGACCAGUAAUUCAAUACCAACACCAGGUCCGGAUACAAAACAUGCACUCAUCCCACCAACCUUUCCUUCCAUCUCUCAUCACCCCAGCACAGGUCGAAAUGCUCCAUACGGGAAAUCCCUACACUGGCAGUGGUCAGAGAAGAGCAUCUUCAGCUCAUCCUACUCGUGCCACUGUCGGUCAGCACACUACAACCUGCUCCAAUAUGUCAUCAGGUCCCACCGCCAGCUGCAACGCCGGCGCCGAACAGAUCCCACCUUCUUCCUAUGCCUCUGAUCCCAGCACUAGCGAAUUGGUUUCGCCAAUCUUUCCUUCCAACGCCAACAUUGGUCAGACCAUGCCACCUCCACGCCCAGACCUCGAACACAUGAUCGUAUCUGUCAACCGCCAGAAGUUCACAAGCGACGACAUGCAGUGGACCACUCAGUUUCCCUUGGAGAACCUCAGAAACUCGACAAUGUCCAACAGCUCCUUCUCCAUUAGUCAACUCUCGUACAGCCGUUGGCUUGGUGAGAUCUCGGACAAUCUGCGCAGCCAAGUCGAGGAGGAAGGUCUGUCUGUCGUCUGGAUCAUGUCAACCAUCGAGCAAUUGGGUGUUGUUCGCGACAAUGGCUCUCUCAGAGCAGCCGUGCUGGACCAUCAAAAUGCUGGCAAGCACACAAUUCAGUUGUACGUUGUCAUCACCUCCAAGACUUUCAUUCUGCCAAAGGCUGCGNUCCCCUUCAACAUUUUCAGCCCUGACUUGAACCAGCAAGACGAUACACCCAGACAGUCAUCUGCUCCCACCUUCGGCAGAGCAUCUGGUUCAUAA